UUCUCGCCAUAAAUAGAUGCCAUUGGGAAACAAUUUAAACUAGUAAAUACAAAUACAAUUCACGAAAGUAGUUGUUGGCCUCAUUGAAGACAAUGGUAACAAAUACAAAUCACCAAAGUAGUAGUUGGCUUCAUUGGGAUGUAGUACAGGAGGUUCUAAUAUCAUGUUAAGAUAUAUAUGCCUCUGAUGAUGGUGGUUCUUUUCGAGUUAGUCUUGAGAAGUAAUGAUACGCAUGAGUACCAAGAAGACCUGUGUGGGAACAGGACUGAGCUCCAUAAUAUUGACAGCAUUGAGUUCAUUGUGGACUGCCAUCAAAAGAGAGAUUUUUAAAGGGAUAGAGGGGUUGGAAGAAGCGAAGGCUUGAUCAUAAACCAUCCCAGAAGAAUUGAGAAAACCAGUCUGCUGAGGGUACAAGUUCUCCCGGGGUCCAUAACCAAGCAUAGAGAGAAACGGUCCAUCUACUGAGCCGUGUAUAUUAUUAGGAAUGAUUGCAGCGUCGUCGGGCAACCACCACCUUUCUCGAUUAUCUCCUUGGAACAGGGAUGCGUAGAUCCGAGCAACGUAGAAGUCGAGACGAGGGUACUUCUGAUAAAGAAGAAGCUGAGUUGUGUCUUUCCCAACUCGGCCAAACCAGCCAGGGAUGCCAUCAUUUCUUCCAUAAGGAGCCCUUGUGUUGCCGAAGCCACCCAAGAUAUUGGGCAAACAUCAGAGGGGCCUAGAGCCGUAAAGAAGCAACUUGCUUCACACACCGCACCUCAUCCAGUCUCAUCAAGAGCGUUAUUUAUGUGCAACGAAAGUAUCCGGCUACAAAUCAAUGUGGCACAGUCGUAACCGAUUGCCGACUCUCAAACACUCUGUGCGAAACUACUGGAAGCAGUGGAAUAAGAGGAGUAGAUGGCAGAAACUAUCGUGGGCAAACCUUCAGCACCAUAAUAGACAUACUUUAUGUUCGGCACCGGGUAAAGUUCAACGCCAAGAGGAUCGCGUAACUCGGGAGUUGGUGAUGUAGUGGUUAGGUGUAUUGGACGAGGUGCAGCUUCAUGAAGAUCCGGGAGAACAGGUUGACGUAGCCGAAGGACAUUAGCAUCAUGCCUUUGCCCCUGACCACCACCACCAUGACUGCGGCGUCGGUUACCACCUCCUCUGCCUUGCUCGCCAUUGGCCAGAGCAGAUUGAGGAGGCAGAGGAAGAAUGCCUUGUUGUCAUUGAGGUUGCUGAGCCACAAUACACGCACAUAUAUGUAUAUAUAUAAAUAAAGCAAGAUAAUUUGUGAGUGCAGGAAUCUUUUACACAGCACACUGACGUAGUAGAAUGGUGCAGCAGAUUCUUUUACACGACAACACACUGACAUGGAAUGAGUAAACGGGGACGGGACUCUCUUCCUCUCAUAAAGUUUGAGUUUGAGGUUUGACUGCUUCUUCUCUUCCAUCUUCCCCAAAAACGACAGAUUUUUUUUCCUUGUACAUAUGGAUAGUGUUUCCUGACGAACUACUACAUAAAGGCACUCAUCAUUUUUCCAGUCUUUUGACAAUCGAUCUACUAUGUCUCGCGGACCUGUUGGAAACACUAGCCAGCAACCAUAUUCAUCUGCGACUCCCCACUUUUUCAACAUAAUUCUUGAAGAGACUCUUCAAAGGAACAUGCUUCAAAUUCCUCACAAAUUUAUAAGGAGAUGUGGGAAAACUUUAUCCGAUUCGGUGUUUAUAAAGCUUCCAUGUGGUUCGAAAUGGAAAAUGAAGCUGACAAAAAAGGAGGGCAAGAUUUGGUUAGAGAAGGGUUGGCCAGAAUUCGCAAAGCAUUACUCCAUAAAAAGAGGCAGCAUGCUAAUUUUUAAAUAUGUUGGGAAAUCUGAGUUUCAUGUUGUCAUAUGUGAUACUAGUACUGCUGAGAUAGAUUAUCCUUCUAAAAACAUUGAUUUGGAACUCCGAGCACCUAAGGAGGAAGUUGUUGAAGAUGAUUAUGUCGAAACCUUGUAUGAUUUUUCACCUUCCUCCAAUUUCAAAAAAAGGGAGAAAUCUUCAUUCCUACCUUGUUCUCAGCCUCACAACAAGAGAAUAAGAAGAACAAGUCCUACUGCUCGCAAGGGAAGAAAAAGUCCUUACAUAACUUCCAUUGAAAAAGCUAGAAUUUUUGCAAGAGUUUCCUUUGAAUCUGAAAGGCCUUUUUUCAAGACUGUUAUGCAACCAACAUAUGUCAGAGCUGAGUUUUUUAGUAUACCACGAAAAUUUGCUUAUAGAUACAUUAAAGAUCAAGGUGAUGCUGUUCUUUCGGUUCCAAAUGGUAAAGUUUGGUCUGUGCAACUUAAAAUGAGUAUUCAAAAUUGUGGGUAUUCUGUGGCUAGACUCUGUAGUGGUUGGCACAAAUUUGUGAAUGGCAAUAAUUUAGAAGUUGGUGACGUCUGCAUUUUCGAGCUUCGUAAUGGGACUCAAAUUUCAUUUCAAGUUCACAUUGUCCACCGCACUAAUUAUGAAGGUCUCCAAUGGUGUGAAGGUGAUUAUGGAGCUAGUUCUAGUAAGCCAAAGAAAGAAACUGAAAUUGACUGAACUAGCACCUACUGUACUGGGCAUGGUUAUGGAACUUGUGUUGUGCUGGUAUGAGAUCAUGUAAAUUAAAACUUGCUAGCAAUCUUUAAUAUAUAUAAAUAGGAUAUGUUAUUUUAUAUAUAUUAAGCAGUCUUUUAUAUAUGUGGAAAUUACAUGCUUUGAAUCAAGUUUACAAAAA